CUCUGUUUGUAGAUCUUUAGGGUUUCCUCUGUUUGUCUCUUUGGACUAAGAAAAAGCGGGACUUUUGAUUCUUCUAAAGGGUUUUUCUUUUACAAGAGCAGAGAUCAAUGGGUACAGAGAUGGUGAAAGGGAGUGAGGUAGAAGUGUCUUCUCAAGAGGAAGGUCUCAAAGGAGCUUACUUUACCGCUCUUCUCGAGGAAAACACAACCAUGUCAGGUCGCAAGAAGGUUUCCGUCCGCUACAAGACUUUACUAACCGACGACGGUUCGUCUCCUCUUACCGAAGCCGUCCAACAGAGUCUCCUCCGAUCUGUUCCGCCUGAGGAAGAGUACAUGGACGUUGUUCUGGAGGAAGGAACCGUGGUCGACGCUUACCUCAGAGAUGGUUGGUGGACUGGUGUCAUUAUAAACAAGAAGUUAGAGGAUAAUAACUUCUUGGUCUGCUUCGAUUCACCGCCGGACAUUAUCGUGUUCGAGAAGACAAAUCUCAGGGCUCAUGUUGUCUUGACCGACCCCAAAUGGGUCCGACCAGAUCUCAAGGAAGUGGAUAAGAAGACAAUGUUUUGUCCGGGGAGAAUGGUGGAAGUUAGUUCUUCAGUAGAUAAAGCGGAGGAUGCGUGGUUCCCGGCGAUGUUGAUCAAAGAGAUUGAAGUGGACGGUGAAAAGAAGUUCAUUGUCAAGGACUGUAACCAUGAGGCAAGGCCAAACACAACUGUUGUUCCUCGCCGCGUUAGGCCCCAACCGCCUCCUCCUUCCUCGGUUGAAGAAAAGUAUACUCUGAUGGAUCGUGUGGAGGCCUUUCAUGGUUCGGUGUGGCGCAAAGGCUUGGUGAAGGAAGUUCGGACUGGAAAACGCUACAAGGUUUUUUUGGUGGCUACAAAGGAGGAACACUUUUUUAGUCAAUCUGAUGUUAGACCUUUGAAGGUGUGGGAAGAUGAAGCUUGGCAUGACGUACCAAAGGAAGAGACACCACCUUCCAGGGGAUUGAAACCGAAGAUAGUAGUGACUUCUAAAAGGGCCAGAAAGCAUGUGAGUGGAUCAUCCCUGAAUCCUGACGAGACACUCACUGUUGCUGCAACUCGAGAAUUAGGAAACAAGAAGGCUGAUGCUGUUAUGGUGAAUGAUGAAACUUCUCCUCCGGUCAUAACCCCAAUAGCAAAAGAACCUGCUUCAGUUGUAGCACCAUCACCACCUCUUAUAGCUGCUGCAACACCGCUUAAACAAACAGAGACUGAAACUGAAGGACAGCUAUCCUCAGGGCCAAGGAGUAAACAGAAUGGCUUGGAAAAAAAUGAUUCAAUCCCUCCACAUAAGACACUCUUUAUGCAGAUGCCUGAGGAGGAGACUAGCCAAGUUCUGAGUAGAAAAAGAAGAAGAGAAGAAGAAGAACAACAACACUCAGACGUGAAUGAAACUGAGGUGACGUCAUCUUCCUCUCAUCAAACCCCAAACGUGAUGAUGAUGAAUUCUGCUGCUAAUGUUGAGGAAACACCACCACCAGCGCUGCUGAUGGCUUUGCCUUUUGCAAAGAGGUCACCGUACUGGAAGAGUCCUGAAGCGAAGGAGGGUUACAAAACUAUGCCACAGCGCCCUCACUUCAGCCCACUGCUUGCAGCUGAAGAUGUUAAUCACCGUGAGUGGUCAGCGGUUGGCAUGACGGUGUCCUUUUACGGUUUUCUAGAACAAGUCAAAGGUCUGAAACCCCAUGAUUCCUUGAGCGUUCUCUGUAGUCUCAGUGCUUCUUUUGUGGAACUAGAGGAGUACGGUUUCGACAUUGGUGCACCUCAGUCUCGGAUCCGCAAGAUGAUGUCUCUCAAAGAUGAGCAAGCGAAGAUAGCAGAGGAGAAACAGUGUCUUGAGAAGAAGGUUGGCGAGGACGAGAAGAGAAGCCGCAAGUUAGCUGAAGAAAUGGAUGUGUUGAAAGGCAAAAUGCUUGAGCUGCAGAGACAAGAAGCGGUUGCAAGAGGGGAGAAAGAGGCAGCUGACAAGAGGGUUGUUGAAAUGAAAGCAAGUGGGGAAAGGUUUGAGCAAAAGAUGGAAGAUGUGGAACUUGAGUUUCUUGAGACUGCCUCGGCUCCAUGGUAAGAGGAGUCUAACGUCUGUUUUAGUAAAUGCAAAUAUAGAGUUAACCAUGUUGGCUUAGCUCUUAUGGUUAUGCUUACCAUGUUAGUUAACCAGGAACUAGACCUUUUGUUGAUCUUAUCUAUGUUGAUGAUGAUGCUUAGUUUAAACUGAUCUAUUCAAGAGAUAACUGAUGACGUUAUUGAGGUUAGGAUCAAUAUUUUGUGACUUUUAAAAUAUGUUUGC